CACACAGACGAAGAGAAAGUGAGGGGAGAAGACAAGAAGAGAAGUUAGAGGAGAGGGGGAAAACAGCCCGAACAGACUUGUAGGUGGACAACUGUGGGAUGUGGUUUACUAAAUUAAAACAUAAUUUCUACUAAAACAAAAGGGGCAGAGGAGAGAAGAAGAGGAAAUGAAGGACAUGGUGCAGUCAGCAGAACUAGAAGUCUCUCAGCGGAAAGGAAUUAAAGUAACUCAACCCAGAGUUUGGCUAAAGAAUGACACUGUCCGUGUGGGACUUGCUGAAUCCCUUUGCACGUAUGUCAUGAUGGUGUUUGGCCUGGGGUCUGUGGCCCAGGUAGUGACAGGACAGGGAGCAUUUGGACAGUACCUCAGCAUCAACCUGGGUUUUGGACUGGGGGUCGCUAUGGGGGUACACGUUGGAGGGAAAGUCUCAGGGGCUCAUAUGAAUGCUGCAGUGUCACUCACAAUGUGCACAUUUGGUCGCCUUGCGUGGAAGAUGUUGCCUGUGUAUGUUUUUGCACAGCUAUUGGGGUCAUUUCUGGCAGCAGGGACAAUUUAUGCUGUCUAUUAUGAAGCCAUACAUGAUUAUUGUGGAGGAAACCUGACUGUAACUGGUGUAAAGGCCACAGCUGGUAUCUUCGCCACCUAUCCUGCACCGUACCUCUCCUUGCUGGCUGGAUUCAUUGACCAGGUGUUUGGCACAGCUAUGCUGCUGCUGUGCCUGAUGGCUCUGUCGGACCAGAAGAACAAACCGGCCGCAGCAGGCAACGAGCCUGUCACGGUGGGUCUCCUGGUGCUGCUCAUUGGCAUUUCUCUGGGCAGCAACAGUGGCUAUGCUAUCAACCCCACCAGAGACAUUGCACCCAGGGUCUUCACUGCCAUAGCAGGCUGGGGAGCUGAUGUGUUCAGGUCUGGAAAUGGGUGGUGGUGGGUGCCUUUAGUUGCUCCCCCCAUUGGAGGUGUAUUGGGUGCGGGUCUCUACAAGGCCCUGGUGGAACUGCAACACCCAGCCCUCUCUGAGCAGGUUGGAGGGCUGGUGGAGGAGACUGCUCCCCUGAGAAACAGAAAAACACCUGUGCAAAUGGAUGUGUGUGAGAAACCCGGCUAUGUAAAUUGUUAAAGGCAUGUAUAGCUGUGUGGAUGUCUGUAUGCAGUUGACACAUUCCAUGAUGAUGAAGGGUAAAAAAAAAAAAAAAAAAAAAA